GCUGUGCUUAACUUCCGGUUUCAGGCGGCGUCGCUUCCGGCGCAGGCUGGGGUGACGUCACCGCCAGCGCGGUAAGUUCGAGUUUGUUUGUCUGUCGCUGUUGUGAGAGUUUUUCAGGCAAUAGCACUUUCAGUAAUGGAGAUUUCUGAUCAUCACAUGACUGAUGUUGUCAUCAUCCGCCCAGAUGCUCACAUAGAGGUUCAUGUGAAAUCUCAGAGCACAGCCAAGAGGUCUGACGUGAGGAUGCAUGUGUUGUCGCUGCUGGAUCGACACAGCUCGGUUUUAAGGUCUUUCAAGUGGACGGAGUUUGAUGAUGAAUUUCUGACCAAAAAUGUGGAGUCAGUCAUUGUAGCGGAUGUAGCUGGGCCGAAACUUGUGGAUCUGAAGGUUCAUAACCUCUGUAUCCAUAUUUUUUCCCUGAAUGAUGACCGUCCGAGCACGCUCGCUCUGGAGGAGGAGGAGGAGCUAUCUGCUGCCAAACAUUGGCUCCUCCCAGCAGCUGAGUUUCAUGGCAUUUGGGAGAGCUUGAUUUAUGAGGACGGCAUCAAAACACAACUCUUGGAUUAUGUUUCGACAACAAUUUUCUUCUCUGACAAAAAUGUCGACAGCAAUUUAAUUGCCUGGAAUCGUGUCGUGUUGCUUCAUGGGCCGCCUGGCACCGGGAAGACGUCUCUAUGUAAAGGACUUGCCCAGAAACUCUCCAUUAGACUGUCUGGCAGGUACGUGCACAGCCAGUUCGUGGAGAUCAACAGCCACAGUCUCUUCUCCAAGUGGUUCUCAGAGAGUGGAAAACUGGUCACAAAGAUGUUUCAGAAGAUUCAGGAGCUGAUUGACGAUAAAGAUGCCCUGGUGUUUGUCCUAAUAGAUGAGGUGGAGAGUCUCACAGCUGCUCGAAGUGCCGCUCAGGCAGGAACAGAACCAUCUGAUGCUAUUAGGGUGGUCAAUUCUGUCCUGACCCAGCUCGACCAGAUCAAACGCCACCCAAAUGUGGUCAUCCUCACUACAUCCAAUGUCACAGAAAAGAUCGAUCUGGCCUUUGUGGACAGAGCCGAUAUAAAGCAGUACAUCGGCCCACCGAGCGCCAGCGCCAUAUUCAACAUCUAUCUGUCUUGUCUGGAUGAACUCAUGAAGCGUCAGAUCAUCUACCCCAGACAGCAGCUGCUGAGUUUGGAGGAACUGGGCACCAUGAACUUCAUGGAGAGCGACGUGACCCAUCUGAGCUUAAGCCUGAGGAACAUCGCCCAGAGGAGUGUGGGACUCAGUGGAAGAGCCUUGAGGAAAAUCCCAUUUCUGGCUCAUGCGCUUUAUGGAAAGACCUCCACAAUGACAGUUGAGAGUUUUCUAAAAGCGAUGGGCCAUGCCGUGGAUAAACAGAGACAGGAACAGGCGAGUUUGGUCAACUGUGUUUGAGCUGAAGCUAACUGACGUUCUGCCGUUGUGUCGAAAUGGUUUUUUGUUUGUUAGUUCAAUAUUUCCGCUCUGUUCACCAGCUUCAUCCUCUGAACAAACCAGUGUUUCAAGUUUGAAACAGCACUUAUCUAUACAAGACUGUCAUCUUCUAGGUGACAUUUUUCAAUUCAGUAUUCAUAAGCUGAAGUUUUUGGUGUCCUAAAUCUGAGUUUAUAAUACGCACUGUAGCAGCUGCUAUUUGCAUAUGAAAAAAUAAUGUUCUUUUUUAUGUUCAGUUUUUAUAUGUGUAUAUAUUUAAAUCAUUUGAUUAAAAAAAAAAAAAAAAAUCCUUU